GCAGCACAAAAGGUAGUGUCCUCCCUCUUGUUGAUGUGGCCAUGUAGUUUUUUGCACCAUUGUUUUCAUCCUAUGCAGCUGGAGACACACAUGCUCUCUCCUGCAAUCAAAUACAUAUCAGGCCCAUGGCACAAGCCUUCAUCUUUCUGCUUCUCUUGCUGGACAUGAUGCUUGUGGCUGCAUCUUUCAAAAUCUGUGCUUUCAACAUACGAAGCUUUGGACAAGCCAAGGCAGCCAACCAGAAGGUGAUGAGAGCUCUUGUCCAGAUCCUGUCUCGUUGUGAUAUCUCUGCUGUGCAAGAAGUGCGUGACUCCAAGGGACUGGCUAUUCAGAUGCUACUGCGGAAGCUCAAUAGGUAUGAUCCUUCUCAUCGCUACACCUGCCUAGAAAGCAAGAGACUUGGACGAAGCAGCUACAAGGAGCAGAAUGUCUUUGUGUAUCGUCGGGAUGCUGUGUCAGUAAUGGCUCAAUGUCAAGUUGGAGAUGAGGAUGCCAGAGAUUUUGCUAGGGGACCCUUUGCUGUGCGUUUCCAUUCCCCAUACACAGUUGCUUCAGACUUUGUGCUACUCUUGCACCAUACCUGUCCUCGGGAAGCUGCCCAUGAGCUUGACCUGCUAUUUGAAGUUUGCAUGGAACUAAUGCACUGGUGGAAAACGGAGAAUGUGAUGGUGCUGGGAGACCUGAAUGCAGGUGGUGCCUAUAUCCCAAUGAACGCAUGGGCCAGGAUCCGCCUGCGCAAUCAUCCUGCCUUCCAUUGGCUUAUCAGUGACCAAGAAGAUACCACUGUCAGCCACCGCACUUGCUGUUCUUAUGACAGAAUCAUAGUUCAUGGAGAAGAAUUACUUUCUGCUGUUGUGCCCGGAUCAGCAAAGGCGUACAAUUUCACAAAGGAACUUGGAUUGUGUGAAGAAGAGGCCUUAGAAAUCAGCGAUCACUAUCCUGUGGAGGUGAAGCUGAAGCUUGCUCCAAAGACCCAGCAGGAACUCUAGUUGUCCACUGGCCUAUUAUAUAAAGUGAAGGGAAAUGAGGGAAGAACAACAGGUUUACCACAAGUAUGUAUCAAGGCACUGGCAGCAGAAUAGGCUUUUGUGGUCCUAAAGAAGUGUGCUGGAAGUUUAUUACCUAUAUUUGAGACUGAAUAAAAAGGUUUGAAUGUUUAUUUGAUAAACAUUCAGCUGUCUGAAACCCUCUAAGUUAAAAUGCUACUGCCAAUCUUAAGAUAAUAGGCUUAAUGUGCAAUUAAGAUGUUACUUAACAAGAAGUUUUAAAAACUCCACAAAAUUCAAUGUAUUGCUUUACAUUAAACAGUGAGCAGUUUUUUAGCCAAUGUUGAGCUAAAAUGAAAUUAUUUUGUGAUUCAGAACUCAAGACAUUCUAUGAAGUAGGAUUAAAUUAUAAGUUGCUUGACAGCUGCUAUGUUGUGUGAAUAUAGGUGUCUCAUUAGUUUAGACUUAGGAUGCUGUACAAACCAAACCAUCACAUCAGUUUUUAAUUCAUAUCCUGUGUGAAAUCAGCCAUUUUGGCUUAGAAUAGGAUUCAUGGUAUACCAUGUUGUGUGAACACACCAUUGUACCCAAUAAACUGUGGUAAAGAGAACUAUGGCUUAAGUCUAAUUUGUGGUCUAGUUAACAUAUUGAUUUAAAGGGGAGCAUUUUAAGUAGCUUUUUCUGUCCAAGUAACAGGGGAGACAGAUCAAAUACUUUCUAAUAGCAGAGAUGUCAUAUUCUUACAUGACUUCUUGCCCUUCAUGUUAGGAUAUGAACAGGAAGUAACUUAAAAUUUGGAGCUCAUGAGCCAUUUUUUACCAUUUACGUUUUUUUCAGUUUGUCAACCUUGUUUUUAAAUUGUCUCUAUUUCACUUAAACAGUGUUGGUCCCAGAAUGCUUUGCUAUCCUCAGUACAGAACAAUUUCCUGAUAGUCUUGUCUCGUGCAGUGCUUCUCAACCUUAGUAACUUUUCAGUCGAUAGCUGGCUGGGGAAUUCUGGGAGUUGAAGUCCAUACAUCUUAAAAUUGCUGAGGUAGAGACACACGGGCCUAUUGAUUAAGGCACCAGAAUAGAAACCAGGAAAGUUUGACUUCUAGUCUCACCUUAGGCAUGAUUUUGGAUCAGUUAUUUUCUCAACACCUAGCCUCACCUCACUUUGUUAUGGGGGAAAUAGGAGAAUAUUAGUUAUAUCCACUUUUGAGUUAUUUAUAAAAAUAAAGGUGGGAUAAAAUCUAUUAUCUCAAGAUAAUAGGCAACAGACCUGCUUGGCUCCAGCAACAUAAUUCUCCCUCAACUAUGACAGAGAAAGAACAAAUGCAACUGGCAAGUGCUUAUUCUGAGUUCAGUCUUAGCAGCACCUGGCUGACCUCAACUGAAGCUAAGCGGGAAUGACAAAGUAUGACUUGGAAAUUCCAAAACUGCUGGCAGGACUACAUUGUCCAUCCAACAGUUAAGUUCUGUAAUAUUUCAGUCUAAAGGCAGUUAUCCAAAUCUUGGGAUGAUCAAAUAUGCAAUUGACUCUUAAUUGGCUCUCACUGUAGAACUUGAAUGUAUUUUAGCUUGUAUGAAAAUUAGAAAGCCCUCAUGGGACUUUAAUAGUAAUUAAAUGUCCACAUCUGAGUCUUCUCACACUUCUGCCAAAGAACUACUAUAUUACCGAAGACUAAAGUAGCUUUUUCAGUCUGGAGAUUUAAAAUACUUAAAACACAUUUUAAUAGCUCAGUGCCGGUAGCUAUGUAUUCAACUACUAGUUCUUGGAGCUAAGUAACUUCUAAUUUAUCCUGUUGUUCAGCUAAGUCAUGUCUGACUUUUCAUGACUCCAUGGACCAGGGCCCGCCGGCCCACCCCCGUCCUCUACUGCCCCUUGGAGUUUGCCCAAAUUCAUGGUCAUUGAUGACAUUAUCUAACUAUCUCAUCCUCUGCUGUCCCCUUCUCCUUGGCCCUUCAAUCUUUUCCAACAUCAAGGUCUUUUCCAAUGAGUCCUUUCUUUUCAUUAGGUGCCAAAAUAUUUGAGCUUCAGCUUCAGCAUCUGUCUGUUCUUCCAAAGUACAGACUGGGUUGAUUUUCUUUAGGAUCGACCAAUUUGAUUUCCUUACAGUCCAAGGGAUUCUGUCUUUUCCAGCACAAUUCUUCAGAGUUCAGCCUUCUUUAUGGUCCAACUCCUACAGCCAUUCAUUACUACUGGGAAAACCAUAACCUUGACUAUAUGGACAUUUGUUUGCAUAUAAAAAAGGAGAGAGAUAAACGUGCUGUCAAAAUUUGCCAUAGCAUUCUUCCCAAGGGGCUGUCAGCUUGUCCCAACUUAGAUAUUUAGCAAAGAAAAACCCUCAGCUCCAUUCUUUGAAGUGAAAAGUUCUUUUACUUUUAUAGGCCUGACAGGGACGUCUUUUAAUUUCAUGAUUGCAGUGAUCUUG